ACCUGCAAGUUGCUCUGCUCCUCCGCGGUUGUACACAUGAGCAGUAUAGGUGUUCUCCUGCACGCUUUGUCUCUGACCCUGGGGUGUCCUUUCCGCUAUCGUCCUAACGAAAAAGGACAUGAACUCGCCAACGGAACCACGUUGAUAAAAGGAGAAGGAGGAGAGAUCGGUCGCCGAUGACAGGAUAGUAGAGUUCUGACCAGGAGGAGACAAGACGACAGCGAGACUAAAUACCUUCAUGGUGAAUAUGUGUGCAGGACAAGGAGUGAGCCUGAGAGAGCAAGUUUCAGUUGCGCCGUUGUCCUGUGGCACAGGCAGCUGCAAGUGCACCGCGUCUUACGUAAACCCAUUUUCGUAAAUCGGAAACCUACUCUUUCCAUAUUGUGGCGCAAGUACUCUUGUCUUCAAACACCUAUGAAGUCGUGUUUGCAUGGGCUUUCUUGACCUCGCUGUAUACGUCGUCGGUUUCUGGGUUAUCCUCCAUGUCCUCCGCUUCUUAAGUCGACGACGCUAUCCCUCAGCCAGUUAUAGUUUACCAGGUUCAAGGUCACUGUCUAAGCCAUCGUCCACGAACAUCGUACUCGAGCAAUGUUAUUUGCGAGCGGAAUUGAAAGGACUCAACCGUCUUCAUGAUGACUUUGUGACCUGGCUCGAGAAAUCGUCGUCUUUUAGGCAGCUAGCUUCACUAGUCUAUGACCUUGGGAGUGUCCUUAGCUUGAUCGGCGUUGUACUGGCAAUCGUUUUCCUCGGGUGGACUUUGGUUCAGCUUGGGGCCAAGGCUUUCACUGUACCAAGCUCGACGCCAUCCACUCUAUUCCAUGUUGGUACGGUGUAUAAGCGACAAUUGCAGGAGGGGAAUACAGCGACUCCUCACGACGGCACGCAGCGUAGUUUUGUGGGCGACCAUCCAAUCUCGUUCUUGAUACCCGGAGUGACGAUACCCUUUUCACAUUUGAUCCCUCUACUCGUUACGCUCCUCAUUGCCCAAGGUUUGCAUGAGGUUGGACAUGCCUUCGCCGCUGCCCUCGACUCCAUACCUAUACUUUCUUGUGGGCUGACUUUGACACUCAUCGUUCCUGCCGCCUUCGUUUCGCUCCCCUCCCACGCCGUCAAACGCUGUUCACCCCGCAGCCGACUCCGCAUAAUAUCUUCAGGACCUUUUCAUAACCUGGUACUCUGGGCCGCCAUCGCGCUCUGGACAGUUCUAGGAAUUGAUAGAAUAUUCUGGUCACUAGCAGGGUAUCAAUACGUCGGUCACUUUGGUCGUGCCAUCGUCAACAUUAACACGGAGUCUUCUCUGCACCAGUACCUUCCGAUCGGCAGUAUCAUAACAAAACUCGAUGACUACCGUUUGGUAUCAUUUGACUCUUCACAUGAUCCCUGGACCGAGUACCUGACUCGCCCAAUCGUAUUCAAUACUGGUAUCCAGCUUGGUUGGUGUGUGGCCCGUGAUUGGGUGCUGAGUCACGACGAGAGCUGCUGCACCAGUCACAAUCAAACUUCCGGCGUUUCGUGUUUCGCAUCUAAACCAUCUGCAUCUACUCCACUUAUCCAGCGAUGUCUCCCACCUCUAACCAUCCUUGAUGUCAAAUCUUCUCAAGCCGCGAGACGUUGCUCAUCCGCGUCUGACUGUACCGAAACUGAUUUCUGCUUGAUAUCGAAGUCCAAAAAUGUAAUGAUGCGGAUUGAGUACUACAUCUCGGAUUCUGUCGUGCCCGGCAUCCCGCAUGACGAUUUGGAUGCACGUUUAAAGUCGAUUGUGUGGAGCGGACCUAAAGAGGAGAUAUUGGAAGAUGUUGAGGUCGGUACAUACCUUCCACGCUUCCCGUUUCUUCCCCGAAGACUGCCUACAACUAUAGGAUUGUUUGUUGAGUACGUCUCCCAAUCCAUCCAACUGUCAUCUUCGAAUUCAUACUUUGUUAGAUAUCUCUCGACUUUGUCGUUGUCUCUAUUCUUACUGAAUCUACUUCCGCUUCCACUACUCGAUGGCGGCCAACUCCUAGAUGCAGCGCUCGACUUUGCAGAACCCUACAUGCCGCCGGUACAAGAGGACCACUACAGUCUCUCGAAUCUAGAAGCUGGAAAUGUAGAUCCUAACACAGGUCGGUCAAUUGCUGCUACAGCAAGGUGGAAACAGCAGGUGCUCGAUGCGUCCAUGAUGCUGACAGCCAUACUCUUGUCUUGUUGUGGCUCUCUCGGUCUCAUCAAUAUUGCCACAGGCAAGUAACACAAAGCUGUAAUAUAAUGUCUCCAUUACGGAUCUAUCCAUUCCCAUGUAAUAUACACAUGCUAGUCCAUCCAAUGUUAUGUAGAAAACAGACGUAACAAAGUC